CCGGAAGCAAUGCCACGGGACAGGAAUUAAAAGUGAUAUAAACAAACCCGAAACUAACUCGUUGUUCAGAGGUAACAAGCUAACGUUUGGUAUGUCUGCCAAUGGAAUAUUACCUCAGGUUUUGUGACAAUUGUGAGAUCGAUCAUUUCAAGAGGAAGAAUUGCGACCGCGUGUUUUGGACAAUCUUGUAAAAGUAAUCGGUCGGUGAGCCUGGCAGCCGAAGAAUCCCCAUGUCCAGGAAGCAGUCGGGAAAGCUGGUGCGGGGUAACCGGAAGAGCGAUGUGGAACGGAAGCGCGACGAGAGAGCCGCGCGCCGCGCCCUGGCCAAGGACCGGAAGAACCGGCCACAGGGGGACGACGAGGGCGCCGAGUUCAUCAGCUUCACCAAUCAGCUGCAAGCUCUCGGACUUAAACUGAGAGAAGUGCCUGGUGAUGGAAACUGCCUGUUCCGUGCCCUUGGUGACCAGCUGGAGGGCCACUCACGGGGCCACCUGUAUUUGCGGCAGGAGACGGUGCAGUACAUGCAGGGCCACCGGCAGGACUUUGAGCCCUUCGUGGAGGACGACGUGCCUUUCACCCAGCACUUGGCAAACCUCUCUCAGCCUGGCACCUUUGCAGGAAAUGAUGCGAUUGUGGCGUUUGCUCGUAGCCAGCAGCUGCGUGUAGUCAUCCACCAGCUCAACGCUCCUCUGUGGGAGAUAAAUGGCUCGGAGAAGCCAGUAUGUAGAGAGCUGCAUAUUGCUUAUCGCUAUGGCGAUCAUUACGACAGCGUACGGCCUAUCGGAGACAACUCUGAGAACCCCACCCAGCUACGUGUUGAGAACCUUAAUCGCUCAAGGGCACUGGGUGAGCCAGGGCGUCAGGGUAACAGGAAAAAUGUCCCCUCCUCCCCCCUCUCUGAGGACGAUGACCUGAUCCUCCACUGCCUGGAGACCCAGAGCCCUGCGGGCCAAGAAGAGAGCUGCUGUUAUCUCAUUGGUGCCACCCCUCAUUCUCCUUCUGAGGAUCUAGAUCCUGAGCUGUCAGUCACAGAGUGCCCCUCCCAGUGGGAGGAGUCUGGAACAUGCCCCUCCAACCCUGCCACACAGACAGAGUGCAGUGACACAAAAUCGCCUACAGAAGGCAGCAUUUGCCAAAGACCCAGGAUGUCGAACAGACAGAGGAAGGAGCAGCAGCGACUGGAGAAGAAGAAGAGGCAGGAGGAGAGGCACAGACAGAAGGUUCUGCAGAGCCGGGCUCCGCAGGACCAGAACCAGAACCCCUCGGAACCCGUGACUCUGGUCCCAGCUCUCAGCACGCUCAGCAUCUAGAGCAAGCGUCGCUGGAUACCAGACCCAAUCGGACGCUCAACCCAUAAUGCCGGGAGUGGUUCUGCCACGCUUGUUUUACCUAAUCAUAAGAAAUUCCAAGUCUCCUUAAUCUCUUUGGUUUGUGGAACGACUGCCUGUCAGUGGGUGUGGCUGUUUGGCAGAGUGCAUAUUGCAGAGAUGGUGUGCAGAACAUGGCUUCCUUUCAAGAGAGAUGCGGUUUUGAGUGAUUAGUGAGUUUCACUGACACAGAUAGGCGCUCAACCUGUUUUUCUGUGGGGAUUAAACUUUUUUUUUCUUUUUUUUCCUUUCGGUUGACACAUAUCAUUGUAAAAAGAUCAUAAAUGCACUAUUUUGGCAGUUUAAAUUACAAUGGCGGUGCAGUGUUUAUGCAUGUACUGUCCAUUUUCAAAGAAAGAAGUUCCUGCUUUGCGGUUUUUAUUUAUAUACUGUAAGGAACGAUCUAUGUGGCAUUGUCUCCGUUAGAUGGGCUACACAGCAGUCUACGCUAAGACAUUGGCUUCUGGUCGGGGUUAAAACGAGGGAACAAAGUCAAGAGAAGGAUGGUGGAAUGUACAAAUAAACAAAUCAUCUGUUGCA